AUGAGAGUUGGAUUCGGUUCCGUGGUUCUCUGCGCUGGACUGAGCGCGAUCCUCAGCUUCAGCUUUCUGGCGCUCGCCAUCGGAACCGAGUACUGGUACAUUAUAGAGGAUACACGGAUGAAUCUCACAGAUCCACAGCACGUGCAUUCUGGACUUUGGGGAGUGGAAACUGAUGAUCAGUCCUUUACAGGAGAUCCGCCAAGUUUUUCAGAAGCAGAAAGGCAAAUGCAGGAUAUGCAUAAUGCAGUUGCUAUCCUGCUGCCUCUCAGUUUGGUGCUUUUAGUGUUUGGAGGAAUAUGUGGGAUGGCCAGCUCUCUGGCCCAGAGUAGAUGUCUCCUCGUGGGAACUGCAUCCUAUUUUCUUCUCUGUAGCCUUCUCACUCUCUCUGGUGUAAGUCUGUACAUUAGUUAUUCCCAAAAAGCUCUGGAGGAGGCAAAGCUGAGGAUUGGGUUGGAGCAGAUGGCCAUGGUUCACACCUCCUUCGGCUGGUCACUGGGCUUGGCAUGGCUCUCCUUCAUCCUGGAAAUAAUAACCAGUCUUCUCCUGCUGCUUGCUGCCUGGAUGGUCCAAUUAGCCCAGUACCGGGAGACUGUGGCCCCUAUAUAA